AUGACUUUGCCUUAUCUGUUAGGAGUAUGCUUGGGUCAAAGUCAAAAAGCAGUAGGAGGGAGUGUGGAGUUCAGACUCACCAACCUGCCAUCUACAACACCUGAUACUUUCACCUGGUUGUUUGGAUCUAUGGCAAUAUGCACUGCCAUUGCUGAUACAGUGGCGAUAUCUCCUAGUUAUCGUGACCGAGCCUCUGUGGAUGGAACCACAGUUACACUGGAGCUCAGGAACCUGACUCUCAAAAGGGUAUCUGAUCCUGCCAUUAUGAUCUCUGGUAGUCCUGAUCCCCUGGUAGCAGGUAAAAGUUCUGUGAGCGUAACCUGUGAGGCCAAGGGCUCUAUCACCACCAGGAAGUGGAUGAAGAAUGGAGGAACUCUGUCUCCAGAACCAGACAGAGUCAUCAUCAGUGAAGACAACAGAACAGUGUCCAUCAGCCCAGUACAGAAAGAAGACACAGGAGAGUACACGUGCCAAGUCAGCAACCCCAUCAGUAAUGUAGAGGCCUCUGCAACACUGAUUGUGAACUAUGGACCAGAAGCUGUUAUCAUUAAGGGAGAAGACCAUGAAGGAGCAGCAGAGUUUAAAGAGCAGUAG